AUGGACCUUAGUCGAUAUUAUAUUGGCAAAGGAAGAGAACAAGAAGUAGAAUUGUUAUCUGAUGAUGAACUUUCAGAUUUCUACUCACAAGGAGAUUAUGAAGAACUUGCGAAAAUCGAAAGGCGAAUAAGAAACAUAUUUUUGGUAUAUGAAAAGGUUUCAUAUAUAAAUGUUGAUCAAAUAUUGGAUCUAUAUCAUAUCUAUUACAGUGAAUUUAAUUGGGAUAAUUUCGCGAGAUCAUCAGACACAACUUUAUCUGAAUUCAUACGCGAAAUUUGGCCUAAAAGUUUCAAUAUUACAACUUGUCCACAUAAUAAGUCGGAAUGGAUUUCUUUGCUCUCUCCAAAUACACUUCAAGAUGAACCUUUUUAUAUGACCUUUGUUACAAAGGAAAUGAAAUCAAACAGUUAUGAUAAGGGUUUUUAUGAUAUCAGAUUCGGUCACGAUACACGAAAGAUUGAAGAAAACAAGUUAUUGAAAAAGCAAGAACAAAAGGCCGAACAAAUCCUAUGGAAAACGCGACAUUUAUUUCCCAAUAAAACCAUUUUAAAUUCAUGCUGUUUUGAAUUAUUGUAUAAAGAUUUGUAUAAAGAGAAUGUUGAUAUUAAGUCGAUCGGAUAUCAAAGUUUUUCGGAUUUGUUGCGCAAUUCUACAAUCUGGAAAUCUCUUGGAAACGAUAGAUUUAUUAUAGAGAGGGAAGAAGAUCAAAAAUGCGACUCUUUAUUAUUGAGGAAAGAAAUUGUAAGGCUAAGCGACUUGCAAUUAGUGGCAAUAUCUAUUUUAUCAAGCAAAUAUUAUGGUGAUCAUCGUGCUAGAAGUUGA